CUGCCGUAACGUCGUGUUUCCUUGAAGUGAAAAGUGGCUGAGUUGACGUGAAACGUGACGUGUCCACGCUGAAAUUAUUAAACAUUUGUUUCCGCGUACUUCCCCUCGCCUUUGUUGAUGAAUGCAAACGGGAACUUAAUGAAACGGCGAGUUUUAAACGACCAACCCUGGGACGCUGCGCUGAAAUCGGGACGCGCAGCGGCCGAACCGAACCUUCGGAUCAACAUGUCAGCCGCUGUUUUUGUUUUCAUCCUGACACUUUCAACACUAAACGGAGUUGUAUCAGGGGUCCUUAGGAGUCCCACCAAUGUCCAGGUGACCUCCAGGGACCUGAACCUGAUCCUGAGCUGGGAUCCACCUGCAGAAGCACCCAGCGGAUUGAUCUACACCACCGAGUUAAUGAGUUCUAUUGGAAAACACAAUCCAGGCUGCGUGAACAUCACAACCUUUCAAUGUGAGCUCAGCAAUUUUGGCAUCAGUCCGUAUGGGACAUACAUUGGGAAAGUCCGGGCUCUGCUGGGAGAAGAGGCCUCAGCCUGGGCAGAGAGUAAAACCAUCACUUUGGAUAUAGAUACCCUGAUCAGUCCUCCCAGCGUGUCGCUCUUACCCAUCGGUCAAACUCUGGAGAUCAGCAUUAAGGAACCAGAGUUUUAUACAUCUUCUCUGAGGAGUGUGUACAGCAAAGUCAGCUACAACAUCACCUACUGGAAGGACGACCAGGAGAUGAUGCAGGAGAAAACCCUCAGCAACAUCCGCCAGGACCGGGUCAUUUUAGAUGAACUGGAUCCCUUGACCAAGUACUGCGUACAGGUCCGCAUCAUCACCCUCAGAAACAAGAACCCCAGCGAGCCCAGCGGCGUCCUGUGUGAGAGGACCGGCGACACUGACAACUCUCCGAUGGUUGCAGCUGUGAUCGUAUGUGUCGUCAUCGCAGUGGCUGUGGUUAUGACAGUGUUGGCCGUAGUGAAAUGGAAAAGUAUUUCCCAUUUCUUAUGGCCAAAGGUUUCUCUUCCACGGCACUUUGAAAAGUCUCUGCUGGACACACCAGAGUCCUCUGUUUAUUUAAUCACGCAGCCCACGGAGGAGAUCGCCCUGGUGAGCGUCGUUACAGUCGAGGAAGGCAGCCCUGAAAGGACAAAAGAGAGCAGCUACAACAAACAACUAAAUGGCACAGUAGGGGAUAGCUGUCUACCCGGAGAUUAGGUCUACAUCAGCGGUUGAUGUGACCGCAGACGACCACAAAGACUCCAUAAAACGGAAGAUUUUGAUUUUCACAAAGACCCCUAAACAAUGUGAUUGUAGACGGAUAUAUGCCGUCAUCCUACAAACUGUUUGUUUACUGUACCUAUAUUAUAACUAGCUGUGUUAUGGUGACAUAAAAUGUCACAUGCUGCAUGGUGUUUUUGGAAGACGUGAAAGUAGUUUUCUGGGAAAAUUAUUUAUAAACAUGUAAAACUGAAGAAGUUUUCACAACCAAACAUUACUAAUUUAACUUUUGGUACUUUUACCAGCCCAGAGAUGUUCAAAACCAAAGCUGAACUGGUUGGUUGAUCUGGUUUUAUGGUGUACUACUGAACUACAGAGUCUGUUUACUACGGUGGCCCUGAGGUACAAACCACUUAAACAAAUUCAAAAACACAACAACAUUAAUGGAGCACAAAUACAACUUACAAAAAUACUACAUUAACAAAACGGAACAGGUAUGUCUCAGCGUGAGACCUGAGAAGUCGCUGAUUGGACAAUAGGCAUGAAUACGAGUCCUCCUUCCGUCGUCGCCAUCUUGAAAGUGGCGGUGGAGUUUCAACCGUUUUACAGUACAAAGUGGACCCACUGCCUUUACCUUUCACGGGUAAGAAUUAAAGAUAAUAAUGUAAAUUUACGAGCAGAAUUUCCUGACUUUGUGGCCAGUACUGUGCAUUUCCGUGGUGAAACAAACUUCUAAACAACAGAGAAAUAUUUCCUUUGUAACUAAAUUGCCCCAGUUAACUACUCUGAUUAUUGUAUUAGCUUAGCAAGCUUUUUUUUUUAUACUGUGUUGUUUUUCUCUGAGAAAACCUGUAACUGGCGCUUUUGCCGUUUGUUUAUUGUUGCCAUGGUUACCUAGAAGCGCGCAAGACAAGUCGCUGUUUGUGGUCAAACAUGGUUACUUUAAGGUAGUUGUCUGCAAGAUGUUUGUUAUAAUUUAUGUCGAUUAAAAUAAUUUGUUUGAUAUA